AUGGCCCUGGCCCGCGAGCGCGCCGCCGCCGCCGCCCCUCCCGCCGCCGCCGCCACAGCCACCGCCACAGCCGCAGGCGCCACCGCGCGCGCCGCCGGCCUCGGCGGCGCGCGCGCGAAGGGGCCGCCGGGCACCGCUGCUGGGCGGCAGCAGGGGCAAGCCGCAGGCGGCGGGGAGGGGGAUGCAGCGGCGCAAGCGCUGCACAAUGAACUGUACUGCCUUCUGGCGGACGAGACGCGCGCCGCGCUCGCGGCGCUGGCGACCCCUCUGGAUGCGGCCGCUCACGCCUCAUGCUCAUCCCUAGACUCGUCCGCCCAACAAGCAAACGGCGAGGCGGCGCGAGCGGCGGCCAGGACUGGAGGCGAGGGGGAUGGGGACGGAGGGGCGGCGUCGCUGGCUGAGCUGGCGGAAGACGCAGAGGCGGAAGGCGAUGCGGCACGCGCGCACGCACUGCAUCAGCAGAGGGUCGCGACGGCGGCCGGCGGCCGGGAGGAGGUUCAGGCGCUCUGCGACUACGGCCGCUUCUGCGCUCGGGCCGGCGCGGCCACGCGCGCCGAGGAGUGCUUCCGCCGCGUGCUUGAGGCGGACGCCGCCCACGCCGGCGCCGCGGCGGCGCUGCUGUGCCUGCAGCUGCACCUCGCGCGGCAGGAGGCGCGCGGCGGCAGCACUGAUGGCGGCGGCGGCGGCCACGGCUGCGCGGCCGCGGCGGCGCGGCUGUUUGAGGCAGCGGAGGUGUUAGGGCACGCACUCCAGGACGGCGCCGCGGCGGCAGCAGCGGCAGCAGCUGCGGGAGGGGCGACGGCAGCUGCAGGAAGAGGGGCAGCGGCAGGGGCGCGGCAAGGCGGCGGUGGCGGCGGCGGCGGGAGCGCCCUUGCUUGGGCGCUGCUGUCGCUGGUGUACAGUGAGCAGGGGAAGCCCAAGGAGCAGCAGGCGCGCAGCUGCCACCAGGAGGUGGUGCGGCUCUCAAAGGAGGCGCUCGCGUCCCUGCGGCCGCCGGGGCAGAGUCAAAAUCCUGAGCAGCAGCAGCAGCAGCAGCAGCAGGCGCCCGUGAGUAGCAGCGAUAACACCCCCUCCGCCCCGCCGUCUCAACAGCGGGCGGCCGACGGCACGCAGCAAGGGCAGCAGCCGCCGCCGCCAUCCAUGGGCAACGGCCCGGCUGGGCCUGGGGAUGUUGCGGCAGCGAGCGGCGGCUGCGAAGCGGCCGUAAAGGAGGGCGCGGGCGGCGACGCCGUUUUGAGCGGCUACCUGGAAGCUGCCGAGCUGCUGCUCGGGCUGGGCAUGGGGGCGCUCGCGGACGCGGCGCUGCAGCUUGGGGCGGGCCUGAAAGACGGGGCGGCGCGCCUGUGGAAGCGCACCGCGCUCGCCGGCGCCCGCGCCGCGCUGCUGCUGGGCGACGGCCCCAGGGCGCUCUCGCUGCUGCGGGGCCUGCAGGUGGCGAUGGCAGAGGCGGGGGACGACGGCGUGUGCGCGCUGGUGGCCACGGGGGACGCGCAUUACGAGGGCGGCAACUUCACUCUGGCCAAGCAGAGCUACCGCCGCGCCGCGUCGCGUGCCCCCGGCGCCUGCCCGCCCUGCGCGCUCGCGCGCCUGGCCGACUGCUUCCUGCGCAGCGGGGACGCCGCGUACGCCGCCGACACGUUCGAGCUCGCCGCCGCGGCGCGCCCGGCGGCUGCGGCGUGGCUGGGCGCGGCGGCGGCGCGCGCGCGGCUGCGGGACUACGAGGCGGCGGACGCGGCGCUCGCGCGAGCCAGCAGGCGGGACCCGAGGCACCCUGGUGUGUGGGGGCGGCUGGCGCUGCUGGCGCUGGAGCAGGGGCGCGAGGACGAGGCUGGGCAGCCCUGA